AUGGCAGAGCCAGGUGAUGCGGUACGAGUGGACGAUGUGGAAAAUAGUAGCGAUGAUGAGGAAGAGGAUGAGGAGGAAAGCAGUACUGGAAGUGAUGAAAAUUCAACUGAAGAAAGCAGCAGUGAAGUUGAAAGUGAAGAGGAAAGUAGCGAUGGUGAUGGGGAUGAUGACAGCAAUGUUUGGGAUUCUGUAGAUGAUGGAGCACAAACUGAAGAAGCAGUUGAAGCUUCAUUACAAGCGGAUUACACAAAGGCUCUCAACCUUAUCGUAGAUGGUCGCAAACAGAAAGCGUUUGCAAUGAUGAAAAAACUUCUUCAGCAUCCAAUUCUUCAAAAGUUUGAAGUCAAUAUCAAUUUGUUCAACUGGAAUGAAGCUAGAAAAGAAGCUUGUGCGAAUCAAUCUCGUGUAUCUGCUAUGGCUCACCUUUUCUCAUCUUUACACUUCAAUAUCGGUCGACUUUUAGACGAUCCAAUAGAUCACUUAUUAAGCGCGUUAACCGUAUAUCCAAAUGAUGAAUAUUUAUGGAAGUAUGUAGGAGAAGAAUCCUUGAAAGUACGGGAUUGGUCUAUGGCACUGUACGCAUUCAGAAACUGUUCGUCUGUCUGGAGUGUUAUUCGCGGGAUUCUUAUCGCUUUGUAUAACGCCAACCUGUUUGAAGAUUGUCUCCUAAAAAUAAAAUCUGUGUUAGAAUACGACAAGACCUAUUUUUUGGGACGAGUUUUGAAAGAAAUAAUUCGGGAAACAAAUUCGUACUGGGAAAUGAGAUGUCGUCAGAUUUUUAACGAAGAUCCGGCUCUUGUGCAAGAUGAAGAUGUUAUGAAAAUUACAAAGAAAGAAAAAGAAUGGAUUGUAAAUGAAAUCGCAAAUAUUGGAAGGUCUACUGCUAACGUUGAACCUGUGUUCAGACCAAUAGUGGUUGAGUUGGGCAUCUGUUCAAACUUAGCGGAAAUAGGAGUUUAUUUGUGCGAUAUAUAUGACCGCAUCGAAUCCUUUUCCAGUUUCUCAAAACAAUCUGUUGUGGUAUGUAGCAGGAAUCUGUUGAAUGAAUUCGAGGAAGUUGUUCACGAUGUUUCUAAUGACCUUAUAGAUUGUGUUAACGUGAUCCAGGAUUUAAUUGAUAGAAUUGUAUCCGUAGAAGUUAUUCAACCUGCUUCGAGUAUUCGAAAACAAUCAGAUUCGGGUUUGGACUGGAGACGACGUUCCGUUCGUUUUCGCGCUGAAUUUAAUAUUGAAGAAUCUGGUUCAGAAAAUGAAAAGAUUUUGAUUGCCUCACUGCUAAAUUAUUCAUGCGCACAAGAAUCCUCGAUUGUUCCACUUAUGUCGAUGAAACCAUCUUCAAUGGCAGACUUACCUGCAAGAAGAGCACCUGUAUACUUGCUGAUAGAUGAUAGAACAUCGCUGCGUAGAUGUGUUGUAUACCUUGCAAGCAAGUUUAUGGAUGAAAAUGGACGAAUUUUUGAGAUUUUGGAGCAAUUAUUGUUUUGGUACUCGAGGAACUGCUUUUGCAUUGUUAUUACGGACCACUUACGAGAGGUCAUUAUUGGUUGUUAUAUCCGAUGGAUUACUAAUUUUGGGAAUACUUCAAUGAUUUGUGGCGACGGACUUCUUCCUAUUCAUACGAUGCUGUCUGAACUGGGCUCCGAAAAAGCCAUGUUUCUUUGCUACUCUUCACUUUCUUCGUCUUUGGAGCAAGAGUUACGCGUUCGAAUACUUUGGUCAAUUGCAGUAAAUGGUACAAACACUUUCCCUUUUCAGGUUUGUAAAAAUCAUAUAUGGUUGUUAUUGACUAUGUUAAAAUCUGGUUGUAAUUCUAAAGUCAAGUACCAAUCGCUGAUUAGUGGCCAUGAAUUAAUCACCUUGGAAACAGUUCAGAAUCUAAUUGCCCAAAUGGAACGUCGGGAAAGCCUUGAAGCUAUUCAGCGAUUGUUUGAUAAUCGUCAUUUUGAUAAGGUGGUUGACAUUAUCAUCGAUAACUUUAGUUGGAAGGAUGUUGAUCGUAGUGCACUUCUUUCAACAGCAACAAUUCUAAUUGAUUCAUACCUUGAAUUAAAUGAUAUGGAUGGUGCAUCUGAAUGGAUUAGCAGAUUGCUUGAUUUUACUGGAGGAUUUGCUGGAACUGAGGAAGUGAUUACAAGGUUGAAACGGCUUGUUAUAGAACGUAUCUGUUUGGAAAAUAUUUCUAACCUAGUGCAUUGCAUUGUUCAUCUUCUUGUUCUCGGUGGCUAUGAAUCAGACACUGAUCUUUGGCUUAUAUUGUACCGUUGUGCUUACCAUCUGGAGGGAGAGUACACAGUGGAAACACUAUCCACACUAUAUGACGGUGGUUGUCAAAUGCUUACUUCUGCAUUGAAUAUCCUAGUCACUGCGCAUGAAGCGAUAGCAAAGCAUAACAGAUGCUUCGUUGAUGAUCAUAGUUUCCCGCUAUUUGUUUUGAAUGAAUUUUCAAAAAUUCGGGCUCAUCCUGCAGUCGUUGAGAUUCUUUCAACUCGCGAAUGUAUCGAACAAAGUCGUGCUUUCAUAGAUGAAGUGCAUCAGUGUCUAUUUUGCUUAUACGGGUGUCCAUCAAGACGUAAGAGACAGUUGGAAGAACAUGGCGGUACACACAAUCAUGAGCCAAGUUUGAAAGAUAUUGAGAACGUCUUGUCGCUGCUGUUACCUGAUAAAAUACCUCCAUAUGAUGGCACUUGUUGUUUUGAUCUGAUUGAGUUUGUGCAAAAGAAAGCAUCUUCAUUUCUGGAACCUACAGAGAAUGAAAAAGAAAAGCUGUUCGUAUUUGAUCGUUUCAUUGCGCAAGCAGAAGUUCGCGCAGAUUGGCCUCGAUGUGCAGAAAGUUCUCCACUCCGAUCAGGAGUAUUUUAUCAACUAGCACUGCAUUCAUAUCGCAGCCACAAAGUAGAUGAUGCUGUCCAGUACGCUAAAUUGUUUCUUCUUUGUGCUUCUGCUACAUUACCCAAAGAAGUGUUUUUUUGGGAUUGGACCGUCCUAGCAUUCGCUGCUACCUCAGUUUUCUUCACGGAAAGUUUUCCUUUAUUAGUAAACAAAAGGAUAUCAACCGGUGAAAUACAACUUUGUAAUAUAGAUAAUUCGAUCUUAAUAGCAGUGUGUAAUAUACUCCGUGCAGUUAGACCCAUGUUUUUACUCAAUACUCAGGUUGAUGAGGAUGAAAUGUCCCUGCACUUUGAUUGUAGUGUAUUUUCUUUUCGAAUGGCUCUUUUUUUUGAUCCAUCUGAUCGAUAUGUUAUAUUUAAUUUCGGUAGCGCAUUAUAUCAGAUCAAUUCUCGGAUACGUCGAUAUAGAGACAAGCUCUCUUUGGAUGAUAUUCGGCAUCGAUGGGCUGACCGCCGGAUCAAAGGCCUCCUGGAAGAAAGCCGACGCCAGUUUGAAACCUGCAUAUCACGUUUGCCGGACGGUGAUGUAGACAAAUGGCGAUGUCACUACUUCCUAGCGAAAAUUGCAGAGAAAUGCGGAGACACCCUUGAAGAUGUAUUCCAUCAUUAUCGUGAAUCAGCUCUUCAACUGGAAGUUGCGGGAGUUCAGUAUCCGAGUAGAAUCAAUACCAAAAGGCAGGAGCAUGUGGAAGCAAUCGAGAUUCAUUAUCGCGCUUACGCCUCUUUGCUGAAGUAUUUACUGGAAAGGGCAACAGAUUGGAAUCGAGAGGAUCUGAUGUUAAUGCAUGCCUUUGCUUUGUGCUUCCGAAGCCACGGCGUUUGUAAGCAAAAGGAUAGUGACGAAUUGUGGCAAUGUCCACAAGUAAAAGCAGUUAUCAGUAGUCUCCGGUACAGGUGCACGGAACCGGCCGAUACUGUGCAAGGAGUGCUCGAAGAUUUGAUAGAACGGACCGCGCUCAAAUUGGAGAUUCUACACCUCUGUGAAGAAGCUUUCAACAUUUGUAUCCGUAGAUUUCCACACUUCAAAUCAUACUAUCGAUUGUCGCAAUUAGCGCUUUACAAAGGAGAUGUUCGGGAAGCGUCAAAUUAUUUAUUCGGUCGUUUUCUUGUCAAAAAAAAAGCAAACUUCAAUCCAGAUAAUAUAUUCGAGAAUGUGAUAACGAUUUCCUGUAAAGAUAUUGACCGGGGAGAUGCACUUCAGUACCAUCUUGGUCGCAUAAGCGCUUUAGCAAUAUAUUUAUCUGCCUUGCUGGAUGAUUUCAAGGCUCUUGCUACCUUGAUUCAUACAUUCUGUACAUUGGAUUUCUGUAACAAUACGGAUUAUUUGUUAAAACGAGACCUGAUAAUGCUUUAUCGUAAUGGCUUAACCAAAUUUCUCGACUGCAUACAGCGGAAAAUAAAAAACAAUGCAGUGGAGAGUCAACUUCUCUGUUCGGUCUAUGAUCUUUAUCAAUACGCUGGAAGGAAUAAUGUACAGCGUCUCUGUGAGCGGCUUCGGCCAGUAAUUAUUUUAGCUACGAAGGAAUUAGCUGGUUAUGAUGAAAAGAUUGAACCAAUACUGUUUUGUAAGCAACUCUAUAUCGCUUCAAAGAGAAAGCUGGGCAAACGGAAACUGAGUGGCAGUUCAACUACUCAAGCGAAAUCAUUCCGCCCAUUCUCUAGUCCAAAUUCCAGUCUUACGUUUAUCUAG